AGCUGAGUCGGACCAACCCUUAUCAUUCUGUAGGGUUUUUACUGUAAAAUUCCAUUCCCUCUUCUCUUUCUCGGCUAAGCUUUCUGUAAACCACAGUUCCAGCUUACAGCUCAUUCUAUCUCCGUUUCUCGAAGAAUUUUUUGAAGAAGUAUGGCGUCCCGUUUUUGGACUCAGGGCGAUAGUGAAACCGAGGAGGAGGAGGAGAGUGAUUACGAGCAGGAGGAUGAUGAAGGGCCGGCUGAGACUACCACUGCAGCAGCUGGGUCAAGAUACCUUGCAGCUGGUGACAGCGACAGUGAUGAGUCAGAUGGACAGAAGCGAGUUGUCCGGUCAGCAAAGGAUAAGCGCUUUGAGGAAUUGUCUGCUACCGUUGAUCAGAUGAAGAAUGCUAUGAAGAUUAAUGACUGGGUCAGCUUGCAGGAGAGCUUUGAUAAGAUCAACAAGCAGCUGGAGAAGGUCAUGCGCAUUACAGAAUCGGUUAAAGCACCAAAUCUCUAUAUCAAAGCUCUAGUGAUGCUGGAGGAUUUCUUGAGUCAGGCUUUGGCCAAUAAGGAGGCAAAGAAGAAGAUGAGUAGUAGUAAUGCUAAAGCCUUAAAUUCGAUGAAACAGAAACUGAAAAAGAAUAACAAGCAGUAUGAGGAGUUGAUUAACAAGUACAGGGAAAAUCCUCCCGAGAGUGAGGANCAAGCAGCUGGAGAAGGUCAUGCGCAUUACAGAAUCAGUUAA